CGAAUCAGUCUCACGUCAACUCAGAGGAUCAUGGGAGGAUGCAGCAAUGGACACAAGAAAACACUAUAUUAUCAACUUCCCUGCGGAUUGUUCUGGUGGGUAAAACUGGAUCAGGAAAGAGUUCAACAGGAAACACCAUCCUGGGUCAGAAGUGUUUUAAGGAGGAAGUUUCACCAGAGUCAGUCACUACAACCUGCGAGAGACAAGAAGUACAGAUUGGUGAAAAGAGCAUCUCAAUAAUAGACACUCCAGGCCUGUUUGAUACAUCCAUAUCAGAACAAGAACUGAAGAAUGAAAUAGGUCGAUGUGUAGAAAUGUCUGUUCCUGGUCCUCAUGCGUUUCUGCUGGUCAUCAGACUGGGUGUGAGAUUCACAGAUGAAGAAAAAAACACAGUGAGAUGGAUUCAGAAGAACUUUGGAGAAGAAGCUUCUCGAUACACCAUCAUUCUGUUCACUCACGCUGAUUAUCUCAAGGGAAAAUCAUUACAUGAGUAUUUCACAAAAAGUAAUGAUCUCAAUGCUCUUGUUAAUGAGUGCAGCGGCCAAUAUCACUCAUUUAACAAUGAAGACACGAGGAACCGCGAUCAGGUCACUGAACUGCUGAAGAAGAUUGAGAAGGUAGUGAAGAAAAAUGGAGAAAAGUACUACACUAAUGAGAUGUAUAAGGAAGCUCAAAGGAAGUUAAACAGGGACCAGUUCUGGUCUGUGAAACCUAGGAUUGUGCUGCUGGGUAAAACUAGAUCAGGGAAGACUUAUACAGCAAAAACCAUUGUGGGCCAGGAGAGGAGAAAUUCACCAGAUUCUGCUACUGAAACCUGUGAGCUAAAAGAAGUUUGUGUGGCUGGAAAGAUUGUGAAAGUAAUCGAAACUCCAGGACUGACUGAUGCACCUGAGAAGAAGAUAAAAGCUGAAUUACAGCAUCUUGUCUACAUGUCUGCUCCUGGUCCUCUUGUGUUGCUGCUGGUCAUCAGACUGGACAAAACAUUCACAGAAGAGAAGAACACAGUGAAAUUCAUUCAAGAAAACUUUGGAGAAGAUGCCUUAUGUCACACCAUCAUUCUGUUCACUCACGCUGAUCAGCUGAAGGAAGAGUCAUUAGAUGAGCAUAUCAGAGACACUCCAGAUCUACAGGCGUUUACUGAGAGUUUUGGUGGCAGAUUUCACUCAUUUAACAAUAAAAACACGGAGAACCGCUCUCAGGUCACUGAACUGCUGAAGAAGAUUGAGAAGGUAGUGAAGAAAAAUGGAGAAAAGUACUACACUAAUGAGAUGUAUAAGGAAGCUCAAAGGAAGUUAAACAGGGACCAGUUCUGGUCUGUGAAACCUAGGAUUGUGCUGCUGGGUAAAACUAGAUCAGGGAAGACUUAUACAGCAAAAACCAUUGUGGGCCAGGAGAGGAGAAAUUCACCAGAUUCUGCUACUGAAACCUGUGAGCUAAAAGAAGUUUGUGUGGCUGGAAAGAUUGUGAAAGUAAUCGAAACUCCAGGACUGACUGAUGCACCUGAGAAGAAGAUAAAAGCUGAAUUACAGCAUCUUGUCUACAUGUCUGCUCCUGGUCCUCUUGUGUUGCUGCUGGUCAUCAGACUGGACAAAACAUUCACAGAAGAGAAGAACACAGUGAAAUUCAUUCAAGAAAACUUUGGAGAAGAUGCCUUAUGUCACACCAUCAUUCUGUUCACUCACGCUGAUCAGCUGAAGGAAGAGUCAUUAGAUGAGCAUAUCAGAGACACUCCAGAUCUACAGGCGUUUACUGAGAGUUUUGGUGGCAGAUUUCACUCAUUUAACAAUAAAAACACGGAGAACCGCUCUCAGGUCUCUGAACUGCUGGAGAAGAUUGAGAAGAUGGUAGAGGAGAACGGAUGGAGGUACUACACCAGUGAGAUGCUGCAGAAAACUCAGAGAAAGAAACAGUUCUGUAAGUGGUCUGGGAAACCGAAGGUUGUGCUGCUGGGUAAAACUAGAUCAGGAAAGAGCUCUGCAGGAAACACCAUUGUGGGCCGAGAGUAUUUUAAGAGGAGAAAUGUAUCAGAGUUUGUUACUAAAUCCUGUGAAUUACAUAAAGCAUGUGUUGCUGGAAAAAGCAUGCAAAUAAUCGACACUCCAGGACUGACUGAUGGAUCAGGAAAGAAGAUAGCGGAACAAGUUAAGUUUUUCAGGAAGCGUUUUCAUGGUCCAUUUUUCGGGAAGCGUUUUCAUGGUCCUUGUGUGUUUCUGCUGGUCAUCAGACUGGAUGAAAGAUUUAUAGAUGAAGAGAAAAACACAGUGAAAUGGAUUCAGAAGAACUUUGGAGAAGAAGCUAUUCGUCAUACUAUCAUCCUGUUCACUCAUGAUGAUCAGCUGAAGGGAAACAUAUUAGAUUAUAUCAGAGAAAGUAAUGAUCUCCAGGUUCUUGUUAGUGAGUGUGGUGGCAGAUUUCACUCAUUCAACAAUAAGAACAUGGAGAAUCGCUCUCAGGUCUCUGAACUGCUGGAGGAGAUUGAGAAGAUGGUCCUGAUCAGGGAACGAGAACAGCACUUCACUGAUGAGAUGGACCAGGAAGCUCUGUUCUGGUCUGAAAAUCCUUGGAUUGUGCUCCUGGGUAAAACUGGAUCAGGAAAGACCAGUGCUGUGGAAACCAUUGUGGGACGAAAGAGUUUUACUAAAACCUGUGACAUACAAGAAGUGUGUGUGGCUGGAAAGAGCAUGGAAAUAAUCGACACUCCAGGACUGACUGAUGCACCAGAGAUGAAGAUAAAGGAUGAAAUAGAGACGUUUGUCAACAUGUCUGCUCCUGGUCCUCUUGUGUUUCUGCUGGUCAUCAGACUGGAUGAGAUAUUCACAGAUGAGAAGAAAAACACAGUGAAAUGGAUUAAGAAGAAGUUUGGAGAAGAAGCUGCUCGUUUCAGCUUCAUUCUAUUUACUCACGCUGAUCAGCUGAAGGAUAAUUCAUUAGAUGAGCAUAUCAGAGAGAGACUGUAUCUACAAUCACUGAUUCACAGCUGUGGUGGCAGAUUUCACUCAUUCAACAAAAAUCAGGACAAAAAUGAUCAGAGUGAGGUCAUAGGGCUUCUGGAGAAGGUUGAUAAAAUAGCAGAGGGAAAUGACUGGGAGGACUACACAAAUGAAAGAUUAAAAAGCACAGGGCUUCAUAAAGUUGCAGCACUUGGUACAGCAUUCAUAGUUAUAGGAGGUGUCAUGCUGGGAGUAACACAGUUGGUCUUAGCACCAAUAACAUUGAUUGCAGCAGGAGGAGCAGCUGUCGUAUCAUUCUAUAGAUUUGCUAAAAAUGGCUGACAAUUUUGAAAACUAUUAUGACUGUUAUAUGAUAUAUUUCCCUGAUAUAUUUUCCUAAUUUAAAGCUUUUCCUGUAGAGUACGUUUCACUUUCGGUUUCACUUUAGCGGAAACACAUCAGCAUUCAUGUUUCUUUCCUAUUGAUCACACCUGAACGGACAGAAGAAAGGACAGAGGUGUUUGAU